CCAGGCUUUAAAUGCGGCGGCGGCGCCCGGCUUGGCUGUUUCGACGCCCGAGUCAUUGCUGAUUCGUAGAGCUUGAAGGAUACCUCUGCGUUUUUGUUUCAACGAAACUUAGAAACAAAAUGGAACAGAACAAUAAAGAGUGCAGUAGUUCGGUUGGUGGUUUUCAAGUUCCCAUCAAGAGGAUAAUUCAGUUUAGCCCUCCGUUAUACAGACAGCGAUACAACUUCGUUAAAAAUCUGGUGGAUCAACAUAAACCCAAGAAGGUUGCAGACUUGGGCUGUGGCAAUGCUUUGCUAAUACAGACACUUAAAUGCCACAGUUGCAUUGAACUGCUUGUUGGAGUAGAUAUCAAUAAAGAUAAAAUAGGAUCGCAAAGGUGUGGAUUGUCUCCGUUCUUUGGGGAUUAUCUAAGUCCCCGGGAACUGAAUUUGUCUAUUAUCUUGUAUCAUGGUUCUGCUGUGGAGAGAGACUCUCGUUUGCUUGGAUUUGACUUAAUAACAUGUAUUGAAUUAGUAGAACAUCUGGAGCCGAGAGAUCUGGCCGAUUUUCCUCAAGUCGUAUUUGGGUACUUGUCUCCAGCCAUGAUUGUCAUUAGCACACCAAACUCGGAAUUCAAUCCCCUGUUUCCAGCAGUGACCUUAAGAGAUUCCGAUCACAAAUUUGAGUGGAACAGAAAGCAGUUUCAGACCUGGGCUUCAGAUGUGGCAAAUCUCUACAAUUACUCCGUGGAGUUUACUGGCGUGGGAGAACCACCAGCAGGAGCUGGGAAUGUUGGGUACUGUACCCAGAUAGGGGUCUUCCGGAAAAUUGGAGCAAAGGCAACUGAAUCAUGCAUUGCAGGGCAGCAUGAUGAAUAUGUUUACAAAAUGGUUUAUUCAAUCUCAUACCCGAGUUUACAGCAAAAAGAAGUCCGCAAAUACGCAUUGGUAAAUGAGGUGUCCCGACAAGUCCAGUGCUUGAGACGUGGAUAUGUCAUAAGUCUGAAGAUACUACAGGAUGAUGCAUCUGAGCGGUUAAGUGACAGUGGGCUCAUCACAUUUUCUGGACCGGUCUUCACAGAACUUGAAAAAACCAACAUAGAGAAGUCUCCCAAACCUUUCAGUUUUGGAAAUAAGUUUUAUGUACCUCUGGAAAGACUCUUUGCUUAUCCCAAGGUGAACCGCUUAUGUGAUAAUGUAGAUACGAUGAGAGCACUCAUUGCUGACACGAUGAAACUGAACCGCGAUGGUUCGGCAGUGAAGGUAGACCUGCAUGAUGAGUGAGCCAUCCUUCCUGAAGGUCAGGGUCUUAGCAGUAGUUGGGCUUAGAAUUUAAAUGUGUAGUCAUAA